AUGUUGGAUUGCAAAGAUGCUGCUACUCCAAUGGCAACUAACUGCUACUUGGAUCUAGAUGAGGCUGGUAAAAGUGUUGAUCAAAGAAUGUAUCGAGAAUCACAUCUUACAGCAGUUAAAAGAAUUUUAAAGUACCUGAAAGGUACUAAAGGCCUUGGACUGUGGUAUCCAAAUGGUACAAACCUUUUUCUAAAUGGUUACAGUGAUUCUGAUUUUGGAGGUUGCAAAAUAGACAGAAAAAGCACCAGUGGCACAUGUCACUUACUUGGAUCUUCAUUGAUCUCUUGGAAUUCAAAGAAACAAGCAUGUGUGGCUUUAUCUACCCUAGAAGCUGAGUACAUAGCGGUUGGAAGCUGUUGUGAACAGUCUCUUUGGAUAAAGAGUCAAUUAGAGAACUAUGGCAUUAAAAUUAGAAAACAUUCCGUUGAAAUGUGA